UUGCAGAGUACGCGGACAAGAUUCCGGCAGUCACAAUGGCCUGCAUCAUGAAACUUUGCCUGCUUGCUAUUACUGUUUUUGUCGUCGCUGGUAUAAAUGUCGAUAUCAGCGUAGAAUAUUUUUACCACGGCGAGGAUUUAUUUUGUGCACAACUCCAGUGUACAGAAAACAUAAGAGAAGACACUCAGAUAUCAGCUCUUGUCAACAUGUCAGUCUAUAGGAUCAGUGAACCAGAGGGGAAGAUUUUGGUGGCGUCUAUUUCAGAAUUAGAUUCAAAGCUUCAAGAUUAUAAAAGGGCUGGAACAAAAGUAGAUGGGAAAAUAUCGAAAACAUUUUCUGAAUUGGACAUUUUUCUCUCCAAACAUUCUGACUGCAAUGGUGGCAUUUUUCUGUGUGAAAUACAUUAUGUAAAUACAACUGGGUCUAUUGAUAGAAUUGGGAAACAGACGGAAAGUUUACAAAGAAAAUCACGUGAAUCUUUAAUAAUGAUGAAUCUGAAAAAGGGAGAUAUGACAAUGUCAUUACAGAUGCCAAAUUCUGGUGGCGAAAAGUUCAUCACAGACAAAAGCUUUGGUCUAACAGAUACAGAGUUAAAUAACAGUUAUAAACAGAUCAAUUCUUCUUCACUUGAGGACAUGUUGGAUGAGAAAAUGAAUCAAAUUACUUUAAACUUAACCAAAGCUUUAGAGAUGAUGGAAAACAAAUCAAAAUCAGAAUACACUAAUAAUGCGCUGGCUGUGUUAAUGCAAUCAAUGCAAGCCAAUAGUCAGAACCAAACACAAAAUUUAAAUAUAGAAUUAACAGAAAUGAAAUCCAAACUCCAGACAUUUAUCACAGAAGAGAAUAAUAAGCUGCGAGAUUCUAUCUACGUGGCCUUACAUAUGAAUAAGUGUGUCGGGAAUGAUGUCUCAAGUCUACCAGGACAGAUGACUGUUAAGCUAAGUGAAAGCAAACUCGCUUUGUGUGAUACCAAAACAGAUGGCGGAGGGUGGAUUGUUAUACAGAGACGUGUUAAAGGGGACGAAAACUUCACCAGAAACUGGGACGACUACAAAAAUGGUUUUGGAUCUUUGGCAGGAGAUUAUUGGCUGGGAAAUGACUGGAUCUCAUACCUUACUCAAAACGGCUACAAUGAACUGAGGUUUGACAUGAAAUAUAAAAGUAAAUCCUACUACGCCGUGUACAGUAAUGUGACGGUGGGAAAUGAAGCAGAUUUGUAUAGGAUAAAGUUUACAUACAAGACAGGCAAUGCUACAGAUAGCUUUAGUAAUCACAAUGAAAUGGCUUUUGCCACUUUUGAUAGAGACACAUACACUUGCGCCAGGACGUGGAGGAGCGGCUGGUGGUUUAAAGGUUGUUUUACUGUGAACAUGAACGGCUUGUGGGCAAGUAAAGUCCAUGCUGAAGGAAUUAUCUGGGCAGGUAUAACACAACAUACCGAUUCUCUGGAAUACGUCGAAAUGAAACUACGUCGACUUUGAACUUUAAAGAUUAAACAUUACAGCUGUCUUCGCAUCUGUGGCAUUUCUUUACUAAUGUUUGAAAAUCAAAAGAAAUGUUACCUAAUUGUAUCCCUUCUAUGUUUUAAGAUCAUUAAAAGCUGAUCAACGC